AUGAAUACGUUGAUCGUCAGCCAAUGUCAAGAGGGAAUACCUCCUCAAAAUGCAAGUCUGGAUUGUUCACCGAACUAUAGGAUUGUUGUCAAGCAAGCCAUUUAUUCGCUGGUGACAUCUUGUGAAACCUUCAACAUUUCUUCAGACUCAGACUGUCACUCGAAUAUGGGCAACACAAAAGGUUCAGCAUCCCCCGGUACAACCACACAAGGUACAACCACAAAAGGUUCAACUACACAAGGUACAACCACACAAUUUCCAACAAGCGAAGGUACGGCCACACAAGAUCUAACCACCGAAGGUCCAACAACCAAAAGUCUAACCACACAAGUUACACCCACCCAAGGUACAACCACACCAACUGCCACCAAAUUUACAACCGCACAUGGUACAACCAUGCAAGGGCCAACAACUUUAGGUACAGCCACACAAGGUCCAAACAACAAAGUUACAACCACACAGGGAACAACCAAACAAUUUCUAACAACCGAAGGUACGGCCACACAAGGUCCAACCACCAAAGGUCCAACAGCCGAAGGUUCAACCACAAAAUUUCCAACAACCCAAGGUACUACCACACCAACUGCCACUAAAGUUACAACCGCACAUGGUACAACCAUGCAACGGCCAACAACUUCAGGUACAGCCACACAAGGUCCAACCACCCAAGUUACAACCACACAACGUACAACCACACAAGGUCCAACAACCACAAAAUAUCCAAAAGCCCAAGGUUCAUUCACUCAAGGGCCGGCAACACAAGGUCAUACCACAAAAGUUACCACCACCCAUGUAACAAUCACCAAAGGUGCAGCCACCGACGGUCUAACCAUACACGCAUCUCAGUCUCGGAACCAACACACCAAAUCAAGCUUGUUCACGGCAGCCAAGGAUGACAGUGAACGCAAUGUGAUUGGCUAUUGUCUAACCGGUCACGUGAUGAAGGUUGUUCAAAUGGUUAGCCAGUUACGGUGCGCUAUGAUGUGCAACGACAAUACAAGUUGUGUGUCAUUCAACUACGUGAAGAGAGACGGUGUGUGCGAGUUGAAUGACGAAAACAAAGAGGGCGCCGAGUCUGAAUACCUCACUCGUUAUGACGGAUGCACUUAUAUUGGACGAGUCUAA